AUGAAAUUGGUUUUGAAACUCAUUCUCCUUCUACUCUCUCCAAAUGGAUUUUCGUCCCAAAAUUUGACUGGUCCGGAUCUUGUGGACCAUAUUAACAAGAUUCAAAAUUCUUGGAGAGCAGAAUAUUCUCCAAUUUCUGAGUUAGAGAUGAAAUUCAAAGUUAUGGAUCUCAAAUUUUCUGAAAUUUCCCCAAAAGAUGAACCCCUUACUGUACAAGGAGUAUAUGUUCCUAUCUCAUUUGAUGCUCGGGACCACUGGCCAAACUGCAAAUCGAUAAAACUGAUAAGAAACCAAGCAUACUGUGGAGCAUGCUGGGCAUUUGGAGCAGCUGAAAUCAUCUCGGAUCGUAUUUGUAUUCAGUCCGGUGGAGCGCAUCAGCCGAUAAUCUCAGUUGAAGAUAUUUUAUCGUGUUGUGGGUCGAGCUGUGGUGAAGGAUGUAAAGGAGGUUAUCCAUUGGAGGGCCUGAAAUUCUGGAUGAAUUCUGGAGUGGUCACUGGUGGAGAUUAUAAUGGAACAGGGUGUCAGCCAUACACUUUUCCACCUUGUUCCUCUUGUGAGGCAUCGAAAAGUACGCCGAGUUGUCAGAAAAAGUGUCAAACGGGGUAUUUGGAAGCGACGUAUAAAAAUGAUAAGCGUUUCGGAAAAUCUGCCUACCGUCUCUCCACGACAACAUCCUCCAACAAAAUCUCCACAGAUGCGAUUAUAACAAUUCAAACUGAGAUCUAUAAUAAUGGUCCUGUGGAGGUCUCUUACAGAGUAUUCGAAGAUUUUUAUCAAUACAAAUCAGGAGUUUAUCAUUAUGUGUCAGGGAAAUUAACAGGAGCACAUGCAGUGAAAAUUAUCGGAUGGGGUACAGAAAAUAAAGUGGAUUACUGGUUGGUUGCCAAUUCUUGGGGUACUGAUUUUGGAGAAAAAGGAUUUUUCAAAAUUCGAAGAGGAACUAAUGAAUGUGGAAUUGAGGAGAAUGUGGUGGCUGGAUUGGCAAAAAAUGGAGGCACUAAAUUUGGUUUUUUCAUCGCAUUUGUGGUUUUGUUCUUUUCAUAUAUUUGA